UGCCGAUUAUGUAACUCCAGCCAAAUUUUGAGGCAGCAGUUCGGAACUUCAGUCACACGAAAAGCAGCCAUAAUGUUAUCGCGAAAUUUAGCGAGUUUUAGUCGUUUUAAUCGACAUUUAAAUGAGAAGGUACUUCAUAGGCUAUCAAAGACAAAUCCAACUACAUGUUUCUUGAAAGAUGGUGUAACAACAGGGCAUAGUUCUAGUUGUUGCCACCUACACACAAGUCGACUUGCCCCGGCAGCAUUCAUCAAGAAUCUAUUUCUUGGACAAUUUAACAAGGAAGAUGUAUUUCCAUACCCAGAAAUCUCCCUCGAGAAGUUCAAUGACCUCAACCAGAUGUGUGAACCAAUUGAAAGAUUCUUCAAGGAAGAUGUGGAUUCCAAGAAACAAGAUGAAGAAGCAAAGAUUCCAGAUGAAACUCUUCAAACAUUGAAAGACUUGGGGCUUUUUGGAAUGCAAGUUCCACAAGAAUAUGGUGGCCUAGAACUGUCUAAUACUGAGUUUGCAAGAAUAGCUGAAAUCACUGCUCUAGAUGGUGCCAUCGCAGUAACGCUAGCUGCACAUCAAUCUAUUGGACUUAAGGGUAUAUUGAUAGUCGGCACAGAUGAGCAGAAGGCAAAGUACCUUCCCAAACUUGCAACUGGUGAACAUGUUGCUGCAUUUGCCCUAACAGAACCAAGCAGUGGGAGUGACGCUGCGUCCAUACGCACCAAAGCAACACUUAGUGAUGAUGGAAAACAUUUCCUUAUUAAUGGAAGCAAGAUAUGGAUUUCAAACGGUGGCAUAGCUGAUGUUAUGACAGUAUUUGCAAGAACAGAAGUUACUAAUGACAAGGGUGAGCAAGAAGACAAGAUCUCAGCAUUCAUUGUAGAGAGAGCAUUUGGUGGAGUAACAAGUGGGAAACCAGAAGACAAACUUGGUAUCAGAGGAUCUAAUACAUGUGAGGUUCACUUUGAGAACACGCCCGUUCCAGUCGAGAAUGUUCUGGGUGAGGUGGGCGGAGGCUUCAAGGUUGCAAUGAAUAUUCUGAACAGCGGUCGUUUCAGCAUGGGCAGCUCAGGAGCAGGGAUGAUCAAGGUUGCAGUAGGUAUGGUAACUGAACAUGCAAGUACCCGCAAACAAUUCAAUACUAAAUUACGUGACUUUGGAUUGAUACAAGAGAAGAUAGCCCAGAUGACCAUAACAGCAUACGUAAUGGAAAGCAUGGCUUAUCUCACAGCUGGAAUGCUGGAUAGACCUGGACCUCAAGAUUGCUCAUUGGAAGCUGCUAUCGUUAAGGUGUUUGCAUCUGAGGGUUCAUGGGUGUGUGUGAGUGAAGCCCUCCAAAUUCUUGGAGGUCUUGGCUAUAUGAAGGACUAUCCAUAUGAGAGGUACCUCCGAGAUGCUCGCAUCCUUCUUAUCUUUGAAGGAACCAAUGAGAUUCUCCGGAUGUAUGUUGCACUUACUGGUAUGCAAGCAGCUGGCAAGCAAUUGGUCGACACUGUCAAGAAACUACAGAGUCCCUUGAGUAAUCCAGGGUUUGUGACCAAGGCUUUACUUGAUAGAUUCUUGUAUAAGAUCGGCCUGAAGAAAGGUGUCAAGUUGGAUCAUGAUAGUGGUGGUGUCCACCCAGUAUUCAAUGAUGAGGCAAAGACGUUGCAGACUAGAGCAACCCAGUUUGGUUAUGUUGUGGAAAGUCUACUAGCCAAGUACAAGAAGGGAAUCAUGACGGAACAGCUGGUGCUGAAGCGUAUAGCAGACAUUCUCAUAGAUGUGUAUGCAAUCACAGCCGUCUUAUCACGUGCUUCUAGGUCUAAGACCGUUGGCCUGAGGAACUGUGAUCAUGAGAUGACCAUUGCUAAGACGUUUUGUAAGCAGGCUGAUGAGAGGAUAACAAAGAACUUCUAUGAUAUCGCUCGGGCACCCGAUGAAAACUGUGACUCGGCAAUUCAAAGAAUUGCAACAGAGGUGUGUAAUAACCAUGGUUACCUGGCUGUUCAUCCACUGAUGAAGGAAUUUUAGGUCUAAUCAAUUCGUCGUCAAGUUGUCACCAAUUUAUCAUCACAAGUUGAACGUUCAGUCUCUAGGUUCUCGUAUCAUUAAUUAGUCCCAAAUUGAGUUACCUACAAACAUUUUGCUCAACACACUAUUAUAUUUGUUUAUGAUCAACUGGUACAGUAUACAAAAUCUAUGGAAACUUUAAUAGGUCUGACCACCGAAGGUUUCACUGAUUAUAAAUCCAGAAUUUGUGGCAUUUGUAAGUUUUUAAUUACUUUUGGUUUUGCUAAUUGGAAUUUGAACCAAAGGUUCAAGUCAAGUGCUGUAACGUGUAUUUAUUGUGUUCUCAUGAAUGAGUGUAUUUUUAAGCAGUA